AUGCCGAAACUCCAGGCAUCUCGCCCAAGAACAUCCAGAAGUUGCGACAAUUGCCGAGUCGUGAAACGACGCUGUGACAAGGAGGUUCCCCAGUGUGGUCAAUGCAUUCGCACGCGCGAAAUAUGCCGCGGAUACCGCGACGAAUGGGACUUGAUCUUCCGUGACCAGACAAACCACACCAUCCAACGUUCCCGUAAGGCCCGAGAAACGAGCAGGGUCUCGACCAGGGCUACCCCACUGAUUCCACCUACCCGAGGCCUACACCCCAGUCUCGAGGAGAUCGGCGUGAGUUACUUCCUCCGGGACUUUGUCGCGGGGGGUCGCGCCCCGUCACGCGGGUAUCUGACCUAUAUCCCGAUGGUCUAUUCGGCCGAUGCAGAGCACCCGGCCUUCGUGGCCAGUAUAGCGGCCGUGGGCCUCGCCGCCUUAGCCUCCCGCCAGCCUGAGCUAAGGGUUUGUGCGCGCGCCAAAUACUCAGAGGCGAUCCGCCAUGUGAACCAGGCGUUAGCAUCCCCCGCGGAGUCCGUCAAAGACAGCACCUUGAUGGCGGUGAUCUCGCUGGGAGUCUUCGAGCACAUCUCCAACUUUGAGUCUUGGGUUCGACAUGUCAAAGGAGCGGCCGCGUUGGUGGUUGCCCGCGGCAAAUCGCAAUUCGCCCGUAGGCCUGCCAUCCUGAUGUUCAACCAGGUGCGCGCCGAUAUGGCAACGGCUUGUAUCCAGACCGUGCAGCCGUUUCCGGCCGAAUUGCAGGAGCUGCAGGAAGAGGCGACCAAAUAUACCGACCGUUUGGAUGCAUCAUGGUUAGCCGGCAUCCUCGCCACGCGGUGCGCAACCCUUUUCGCGAGCGUCGCAAAGAAGCAUCAGGACAAGUUUCUAGAGACACCCAGAUCCUGGACGGACUUCCUAGAAGAAGCGAUCGCGAUUCAGAGUGAUUUUCAACAUGUUCAUCAUAUGCUUGCUCUGCAAGAACCGUACAUAACUACCAGGGAACUCCGUGGGAGCGCGACUUUCGUUUCUUGCAAUGGCCAAUAUGACCUAUACAAGACAUCCUGGGCAAUAAGGCUUUGGAAUAACUGUCGAACGGUGGAGAUUAUCGUUUGCGAGAUUGUAUGCUGGCUUAUAAACAAGAUCCUGACCGAGGAGUCGGCUCGUCCCGCUGCGGACCAGCUGAAGCUUCAGUCAAAGCUCCGGUAUACCAUGCAGGUUAUUUCAAGACGAAGCGCGGACAUCCUGGCCAGUGUUCCACAGGGUCUAGGGCUCGUCUCGGUCCCUGAUGCGGAUAUACCCCAGGAACCCAACGUGUCGGGUGGGUAUAUGCUGAUCUGGAAUCUGUAUACCGUCGGUAAAUCUCCUGCUAUCAGUGAUCAAGAUCGCCAAUGGAUCAUCAAGCAACUGAAGGGUAUCAGUGAGCGUGCAAAUGUUGCAAUGGCGCUCGAGCUCGCGAAGGAUCUUGUUGAAAUAGGACGAAGUGAGCGUUGA